AUGUUUGACCAGGAGGAAAACGUGGGGAACUCCGGGUACUCAACCCCGGUGCCCGAACUUGACGACCACCGGAACCAAUCCGUUUCUGUCCAACGACCUGACCGUCCUCGACGCGGAACAUUCGAUUCCUUAUACGGGCCAGGACAGGUGAUUGAGACGGGCCCAACACACAGCGAUUCGUUCCAGGGCACAAGGGUCCGAGAUUUUGAGGAAGCUGUUGUUGACGAGGAGGAUCAGGAGAACUCGCCAGUUUAUCGGAGAGAUCGGCGAGGAACUGUAGAGUCUGCUGCGUUAGAUGUUCGGUCUAUCUCACCCCCGAACUCGGUUAAGGCUUUCGCGGAAGCACGCCGAAGGGAGCGAGACCUCUCCUUCUCCGAGCCAACGAGACCUGAGCGUCGAGUCGAAGAGCCACCCGAGCUGCAGCGGGCUAACUCUAUCGCCAGUCGCCGUAGCUACCGCAGCAAGCAGCCGACGGUAAUUGAUGACACCGCCAGCCUGGCCACCAACAAAUCCGCGGAGGAAGACGUUUGCUUCCCCUUGCAAGAUGAUCAUAGGGAUGACAACUUGCAUAUCGAUUUCCACUACUUGGAGACCUUUAUCAAGGCUGAGAAUGAAGCCCGACAGUCAGCCCGCCGCCCCUCAGCCAUCCGUGUCUUCCCCGAUUUGCGGCCUGCCGAGCCCGAUGUUACCCCCACCGUACCAAUGGUAACACUGGAUGGGGAUAUCCUUUCGGCCCCUUCGGAGACGGAUAUUCGGCGGGAAAAGAGUCAUGAGACAGACGACGAUGCCGAGGCCAAAAGGACUUCACAACCGCCACAACCUCAGGUUGACCAGAGCCGGGUCAGUUUCUUUUCCUCAGCUUGGGAAUCCACGAUCCACGCUGCCGAUCUGGAGGGUUUGAUUUUGCCCGGGGAGGACAUUAGAGGGCUUUUCAGUUUCCCAAAGGGGGAGACUGAUGGAGUCUGGUGGCUCAAUAUGAACAAUCCCUCCGAAGAAGAAGUCCGUGCCGUCUGCAGAGCUUUUGGCAUCCAUCCCUUGACAAUCGAGGAUAUCACCACGCAGGAAUCCCGGGAGAAGAUUGAGCUUUUUCCAUCCUACUAUUUCGCCUCGUUCAGAUCGUUCUUCAUCGAGGUAGAGGAUACCACGGGGGAAAAGGAGUACGUGCCCUUCAACAUUUACGUGGUGGUGUUUCGCGAAGGCACGUUGAGCUUCAGCUACGCCAACAAUUCCCAUGCCUCACAUGUGAGGAAGAGAAUCACGAUGUUGAAGGACUAUGUCUCAUUAAGUAGCGAUUGGAUUUGCUACGCCCUGAUUGACGACAUUGUCGAUUCGUUCGCUCCCGAAAUCAGCAAACUUGAGCACGAAACCGACCAGAUCGAGGACGAUGUGUUCAUUGCUCGGUCCGACGACAUGGCUCAGUUCUUGAAGAAGAUUGGCAUUGCUCGCAAAAAUGUCAUGGGCUUGAUGCGCUUGCUCGGCGGAAAAGCAGAUGUCCUCAGGGGCUUCACCAAGCGCUGCAACGAGAACUACAAAGUCACGCCACGCAUGGACAUUGGUCUAUACCUCGGUGACAUCCAGGACCACGUGGUGACCAUGAUGACCAACCUGGGCCAUUUCGAGAAGAUGCUGUCUCGUGCACACAGCAACUACCUCGCUCAGAUUUCCAUCGACGGCAUCAUCCAGGGAACUGCUACGAACCGUGUCCUCAGCAAGAUCACCCUGCUGGCCUCCAUCAUCGUCCCGCUCAACGUGGUGACUGGUCUGUUCGGCAUGAACGUUCACGUCCCAUGGGGAGGCAUGGAGACUAUGGUCCCCUUCUACGUUAUUCUGGCCUUUUUCUUUUCAUUCUGCAGUUUGUCGUACAUUUUUGCGAAGCACAAAAAGUUGAUAUAA